AUGAGAAAGGAUCGCAGUAUACAGGCCAACACCAUUGCCUUCGAUUCGGCGAUCACUGCUUGCGGUGGACGUAGUGGCAGCUGGGCACAGGCGGUUCAUGUCUACGAUGUCCUGCGAGUUCAGGGCCUGUCGCCCAUCUGCAUGACCUACAACUCUGCAAUCAGCGCCUUCGAGUAUCGGCAGCACUGGCAAAGAGGCCUUGAGUUUCUGCAGGAGCUCUUCGUGUGCCGCCCUGGCAAACGUGUUUUCCCAAACGUGGUCAGCUUCAACGCCGCUCUCGCCUGCUGCCGCAAGGUGUCGCAGUGGCAAUGGGGCUUGCACCUGUGGAAAGGUGUGCGAAGGCAUUUGGAAAUUGAUGCUGGGCAACUCCCUGCGAAGGAAACGGCUGCGGAUGAUGUGACAUACGGAUGCGCUGUCAGCGCCUGUGAUCAUGGCUGGCAGUGGCAGUGGAGCUUGAACCUGCUUGAUGAAGCCACCAUUGCCGGACUCCGCCUGGACAUACCCAGCAUGAACUCCGCAAUGAGCGCAUGCGCGAAGAACAAAAGGUGGCAGACUUGUCUGGGACUCCUCCGCGAAAUGCCGGCCGCAAGGCUCGUGCCCACCCGGGUCUCUUACACCACUGCCUUGGGCGCCUUGGGUGGCAUCAGCUCAAGCACUGACUUGGGACAUCUGGUCCUGGAGCUGCUGAUGGAGAUGGUGGAGCAGAAGAUCCAGCCCAACGCGCUUGGCCUGGGUAUCUCCACGGAUGCAGCUGAGGCGGCGGGCUUCCACUCCUUAGCGCCAGCUUUGAUGGCCCAGACGCACCGUGCCGGCGCUGCAGCGUGCGAGACUGCUGAAGACACCUUCGAGGAGGAAGACAGGCACGGAGACCACGCCGGCUUGGCCAUCGUGGCCGCGGACUCCUUAGUUUGGCACGGGCUGCUGGAUGCGCGGCUCGAGGCAUCCCUGCACCGCCGCCUAUGCAAGGCCGCGGCGCGGAGGCUUCGGCAGCUGUGCGCUCGGCCGACUGGACAAGAUCCUUUACUUCGCGAGCCUGUGUUGGAGCGACAGAGCAGUCUGGGGGACGCGCUGACUGGUAAAGCGCUGCGGCGGCUCUCCUUUCAGAGCGGCCGCAGUUGGGUGCCGCUGGCCAGGAGGAGCAGCUUCUUUUGCAUUGCCUCAGCCGUGGGCAAGGACCUCGACGUGACGAAGGCAGCCUCUGGCGAGCUGGUGUCAUCUGCCAUCGAUGCGUGGUGCGCCGACACGCUACGGCCGAAGCUUCCAAACCGGAAGGCAGCGCAGAGCAGUGCAGGGCGCAUCGUGGGUGCGGAGGCCGUGGUCAGAGCCCAAGAGGCGGCCCUUGCUGCCCUCAAGCUGGAGAUCGCGGAAGCAUCUUCGACGCUGGAGGCUGCGCAGCAAGAUGCCCUGCUGUGGAAGCAGCGGGCAGAGAUCCUUCUGGGCAGACGCAAAGCGGCCAUGGCAGUUGCAUCUCGUUGGCAUGGGGCCGAUGCCGCCUGGGACUGGCUGAUGGAGCAGGGGCAAGGGCCGCAGGACCUACAAGAUCUGCCCGAAGGCACUGAACUGCGCUUGCAGAACCGCGAGCUUUGCUUGUCGCUGCGCCAAUUCAAGCAGGACUGCGAGAUGCUGGAGGCAGAAAACCUGAGCCUGAAGGAGGCAUUGGCUUGCAUGGAGGAGGAUCUGCACAGGGUGUCGGAUCAGCACGCGCAGCUUGUUGGCCAUGUGAACCACCGGCAGAAGAUCCGCUACACGAUGAAGCUCAAAGAGGAAAUCAACCGCCUACAUGGCGAUCUGAAGAAGGCGCGACAGCGGAUUGUUCAGCUGGAGGUCAACAAGGAGAGUGACAGCCUCUUCGAGGCCCUGGCGCCGGGGGCCCCAUGA